CUCUUUUACUACAUCUUCGAUCUCUUCACUCUCCUUUACUUACUAUGCUCGCCAUCGAAGAGUCCGGCAAGGGUUCUCCCUAUCUCGCCAUUAACACUAGCUAUCAUCGACCGUUUUUACACACUAAUCAUUAUGAAAUUCCUGACGACUCCAAUUCGCCUUUGUCCGACUCUUUUAUUGAUAGCCUAACGAGCGACGACGUUGCCGACACGAGAAAGCUGCUUUUAUUAGGGUAUCAAGAUACACUAUUUAACACCGGCUUACCAAGAUGUGAUCUAUCAUCCAAUUCCACAGGUGCUGGUUCUCCUAGAGAUGAAUAUGGUGACGAUAUGAUGCCACAACCAUUUCAUCAGCGGGAUGACUUGAAUGCAAUGAUGAGAAACUUUGAAAAAUUACAUACUGGAGAGCGCACAUUUCAUAUGGUCAACAAUGCUCCAUCAAUGCUGGCUCCACCUCAAAUUGACAGUGGCGUAGACCUGGACAAUCUUCCUGUCGAUGCCCUAAAAGAUAGACUGGCCGAGAGUAACAGCAUAGUGAACGAACUCAUGUGGCGUAUAAACAGCAUGAAUCUCGAGAUGGAUAAGGUACUCUUCAAAAAAAAAAUUUUUUUUAUCUUGUUAACUAGGGUCGGCAUAUAACAUCGACACUCCAUGCUUCGUUAGGUGUCAAGGACUUGGAAUUGCAAGAUCUUCGACAAAGGCUUUCCUCACUCUCUCAAAGUUAUGACGGCCAAGCGGCGGAAAUGGCCAGUUUGAAAGAGAUAUUGCAUGAACAAGCUGGAAUAGUUGAUCAUAAUUUGGAGGACAAUGA